GGACUGUUCAUCUUAGAAUCACAUGAAAAUCUCUUGAAAUAAAAAGUCAGGGGAAACCACAGUUGUGUGAUGUCAUGGAAGGUCCCUGUGUGAAGUACAUAUAGAGCGAGUGCAGAGGAAGCACAGUAAAGUGGAAGACCGAAAGAGUGAAAAUGAAGCUCAAGCUUAUUGUCUUCUUGGUGCUUAUACAGGUUUCACUUGCGGAAAAUAUGCAAAAUGUGACUGCACUUAAGGGCUCCACUGUGGAUCUACGCUGUCCUAUUAGCAAAUCUGAUAAAGGCAUCGUUGAGUGGAGGGACCCAGACAACAAUAUUAUGUUCUUCAACAAUGUUUCAGGUGAAUAUUCAAUAAAGGACAAACGAUACAGCAUCACCAAGCUGACCAACUCACAGUUCUCCAUCAGUAUCGCCAAUGUCACCUUUACAGAUGGGGGUGUUUACACAUGCACACAAUAUAAACCCAAACUCUCAGUGAAGACUGUGAGGGUGACAGUAUUGGAUCUUCCAAGAAUGUCAGUGAUGAGGGAAGGAGAGAAGUCUGCUGUAAAAUGCACCGCAAAGGGAAACUUCCAGCAUCCCAAGAUAACUUGGAAAUUUAAAAAUGAACCUGAAUUUCAAUUUCAAGGAACUACAUAUGAAGAACCCAAAACUUUUGUCACAGCAGCAAUCUUAUAUGUUUAUCCUGAGAAUAGCAGAGUCACUGUGAAGUGCCUUGUUCACCACCCAGAUCUACAUGCAGGACCUUUGAUGCAGUUUGUGAAAGUUGGAAAACAGAAAACAAAACCUGUCCUCGCAUCCACCUCCAGUCCUUCCACAGCACAGCCUCAGAGUUCUGUGAGCGUGCUGAGGACAACUUCAAGAUCCUUUAUAAGCGAUAACCCAGCAGUCCACUUUUCAACCACAAACACAAAUGGUCUCUCAUUAGAGUGGUCAUCUGCAUCCAAUGAGAUGCUUACUGCCAGUGACCCCAAGACUUUCACCAUGACCCCUGCACCUUCUGUGGAGUCAGCUACAACUGUUCACUCACAUUUCAACACCACUGUACUAUCUACAGUGAACUCGCUCAACUCUACAACACCAGACCUAAUUUGGAAUGAUACCACCUCUGAAACAACGAACACUACAGGUGAUUUACAAGAGGACAUAAACCUGGAUAAUACUACAAAGAUAAACAUGACAGACCCUGAUAAGAGAACAGAAAGGAAACAACGCUCUUCCUUAUUAGUACUUCUGGUGACAUGCCUCAUCUUUGCCCUUCUGGUAGUGGUCAUUUUCUUUGCUAUCAAACUGAGGAGAGCACACAUUGCCUGGAAGAAAGAGAAUGAAGACAGUGACCCAUCAGAAACUAGCAAUAAGUCAAAAUCAAGCCAAGAAGAAAAGAACUCCCAAGGGCAACGGCGAAGAGGACUCUUCAACACGGUAUUCGCACAGUAUGUUGUUGAGGAUCCAGCAGUAAUAACUUCAGUAAUUAACCCAAAUGCAAUGACUCGAAAAGAAAGCGCCACCAUAGAGCAGACCUCGCAAAGUCAGAUGCAAGCCGCAAUCAGAAGCAACAUAAAGGAGACUUCACUUUAAUAACUUCAGUCGAUAGAACCUCAUGGUUAAGUUCGUCAUCAAAUGAUGAACCUUACCAGUAAAGUCAGAUUCCCUGACUUCAACUGAACCUGUAAUUGUGUUUCCAGCAAUUUCAAGGAGCAGCACAAUAAAAGGAGGCAUUACCUCACUACACUCAGAAACGUUACUAUUAUAGUUUUGAACCAUCCUGGAAUUAUCAUUAAAAGAUGAUAAACUACU